CCAUCGGCAUGAAGGGGCACUGGAGAGUGGUCAUAGCUGUCGGCAUCUUGGCCCUGGCCAUCAAUGGGGCCAUUAACGAAUCCACAGUACGUCGUCAACGCUAUGAUUAUGGCCUAUUCAAUGACAGCCUGGACUUGGCUACGGAACUGGUCACCUCAGAGAUCCUGACGGAAGAUGAGCAGGUCAGAUUGGAGUCCAAGCACGAGCCACAUCUCAUCCGAAGCUCUGUUAUUUUUGGGUUAACCAAAGCCUCCAACGAGAGUAGGUUGAGCUCCAGCUGCCAUGCCCAACUGCAGCAGGUGCAGCGGGGAAUUCUGACCAAGCAACCAUGGGCUAUGAAGGUGCUCGACGCUUCUGGGACCAAGCCGUCGGGCUUCGUUUUUGGCCAGAACUACUGGCUGGGUAGCCGGGAGGCUUGCCGAGGCGUCCAGCGACCCGUGGGGAUCACUCUUUCCCGGAAUUACGAACGUGUCAUGCAUUAUGGGAUACUCACCCAGCAGGCCCCCUUCGACAUGGACUACCGGAUUAUAUACCUGCGUCAUCAAUCCCCCUGGCAGGUGGAGAUCAAGGUCAUGUCCGAACAGGUGCUACAUAUUGGCCUGUGCCUGCCGAGCGCUUGUGGCUCCGAGGAGGUGAAGCAGCUAGCCAGGGACUAUGUGGCUGAGGGAACGUUCGCCGAGGACGACAUCUUUGACAUGCAGCCGGAGGUGAUGUACAUGAAGGACCUCAAGCUGAGCGAGCGUUUCUUCCAGCGUCCAACCUUCCGAAUGGUGGUGGCUGCGCUCCUGGUGACCGGUGCUCUUAUGCUUUGCGCCCAGCAGCUGCGCGUGGCCAAGCGGGGCGAUGAACCGGAAACGGGUCUGGCUCCUGUCGAGUCCGAGCUGUGGCAGGCCCUGGACUCCCUUCUCAAGUGGCAGCCCCUUCAGAAUGUGGUGUCCUGCUUUGAUGUGGCCGACAAUUGGAGAAGGAUAUCUGCUAUGCGGGAGAAUCGUUCUGGAGAGAUUCCCAUUAUGAAUGGCCUGCGAUCAGUGUGUGCCAUCUGGAUCCUGAUCUUCCAUGUGGUGUGGUACAUGUACUUUACCGUGCACAACAAGACGGUUCUGAUUUCGUAUGCCGAGAAGGCAGUCUUCCAAUAUGUUUCCACAGCUCCGCUCCUUGUGGAUGUCUUCUUUACAAUUAGCGGCUUCCUGCAAACCUACAACUUCCUGAGGAAUGCCAAGCAGCUGGAUGCAGUGCGUCGCAAUGGACUGGCUGGCAAUGCAAAGCUCUUUGGCAAGCUCCUGUUCCAUCGCUAUCUGCGUCUGGGUCCGCUCUACCUGGUGGUAAUGGGCAGCGUAGACCUGGCCUUCGCCUACAUCGGGGACGUGUCCGUCUUCCACAUCAACGAGCGCUUCGAUGAGCUGUGCACGGAGCACUGGUGGCGCAACCUCCUGUUCAUCCAGAACCUCUUUGAUCACCGCGAGAUGUGUGCCAAUUGGAGCUGGAGUCUGGCCUGUGACAUGCAGUUCUUCCUGCUGGCCAACCUCGUGCUCUUCGUCUACGCCAGACACCCCAAGGCGGCCAAGGCAGUCACGCUGGCCGGACUUGUGGCCACUAUAACCUGGUCCUAUGGGAUCGGCAUCAACCACAAGUUCGAGUUCUCCUUCGACGCCACCUACGCAACUGGCACCCAGAUAUACACGAGUCCCUUUGUGAGGAUCCUGCCGUACAUCGUGGGCGCCAUUGCCGCCUGGUGUCUCCAGGAACAGCGCUUUCAAAUGGAGCUGAGCGAACAGCAGACCCGCUGGCUAUGGCACCUCAGCGUACUGGUCUUCCUGGGCUGCAUUUACUCCACGGUUAAACGAGAUUUGGGCCACCUCAUCACCAUAUCACUGUUCGUCCUGGGCCGGGGACUGUUCUCGCUGACCGUUUGCUGGAUGGUCGUGGGCAGUGCCUCGGGUAGCGGCGUCUGGUGGUCACGAAUGUUGGAGGCCAAGUGCUUCCAGCACCUGAACCGCUUGUCCUAUGCCAUAUAUCUCCUGAAUCCCCUGGUGAUAGCCCUCGUCUACAGUCUGACCAGUACAAGUUCCGCUGCGGAUCCUUUCAUGCUGAGCGUCGUGUGUUGCGGCUUCACCAUGAUCGUGUACCUAGCCUCCAUAGCCUUUUCGCUGGCCUUUGAGCUGCCAUACAGCAAUCUGUCCGGAUUGCUGCUGAGACGCGAGGGAAAGCCCAAGAGCUCCUGAACUGUGAU